AUGGGCAGCAACCGUGAGGAGGCUGCUGCUCCCUUGCUGAUGUCUGCAGCAAAAUUUGCUGCGUUUUUGUCCCAGAGAGCUCAUAGCUCUUCUACCCAGCAACCACUACCAGGCGUACAACCUUCCACUGCCACCAUGGCCUCACAUGGCAGCAGCAGCUGGCGGCAGCCCUUGCAGCCGCUACAUCGCAGCAACCGCAGGCAGGUGUGGGAGAAGAUAGAACAGACAUUGGGAUUACAUAUAGCGCUAUCCGAUGACAUUAUGCUCCAACUACAAAACUGGUGGUCGCAUUGCUCGAGAGGGACACUACAAACUCAGCUGACUCAGAUAAUCCCAUUAUUCACUUAUUGGGAGCUAUGGAAAGCUAGGAAUACAGCCAUCUAUGAGGGAGGUGUAUUGGCGGCUAGCCAGUUUUAUCACCGAGUGAUUGAAUUGCUCCAUGGCAUUUCCUUGGCUCAUCCUUUUACCUCGGACUGCAGCAACGGAAUGGAGCUUCAUCGGAUGGUUUGGUUACACAUCUCCAAGCGUUCCAAGCCCACAAGAUGCCUACCUAUGGCUUGGUCACUACCCACAGAGCCAUUCGUAAAACUGAAUGUCGAUGGUGCCUCACUAGGGAAUCCAGGAAGCUCGGGUGGAGGUGGAAUUGUUCGAAGCUCCAGUGGCCAAGUCAUAGCUGCUUUUUCUUCACACUAUGAGUACCAAACCAACAUGAAAGUUGCAGCUAAGGCGCUAUUCGAAGGUCUGAAGCUAUGCUUAGCUUUGGGAUGCAUUCAUGUGGAGGUUGAAAUGGACUCUCUGGUCUUGUUAAACAUUGUGAAAGGCUUGCAUAGCUGGCCAUGGAGAAUUGAUGCAAAGUUUGAGUUAGGUAAGGCUCGGGUUUGGAAGCAGUUUUGGAAGCAGAAGGCUCGGGUUAGGUGGCUUCAGGAGGGAGAUCGAAAUACAAGGUUCUUUCAUUCUGUCGUCAAAAAUAGAAGGGUACGUUCGAUCAUUCACAGGAUUAGAAAUGGGCAAGGGGAGUGGGUGGAGUCGGAUGAUGGGAUUGGAGUAGAGGCGAUACGGUAUUUCGAGGGGUUGUUUACGGAUCAGCGUCCAGCAUCUUCUUCUGAGUUGCUUCAGCAUAUCCCAACAAUUUUGACUGAUGAGGAGAAUGAUUUGUUGGAGCAGUUUCCCUCUGCGGUGGAGAUUCGAAAUGCGGUUUUUGCGAUGGAUGGGGAGAGUGCACCGGGGCCGGAUGGAUAUACGGGUAAGUUCUUUACGGUUGCUUGGUCAGUUGUCGGUGCGGAUGUUGUUAGCGCAGUGUGUAGUUUUUUCUGUGGGGCGGAGUUGCCUCGGGCUAUUACAGCGACCUCCAUUGCACUCAUUCCUAAGGUUGGGCACCCACAGGAUUUUUCUCAGUUUCGCCCGAUUAGCUUGUGUAACUUUGUUAACAAGUUGAUUUCGCGAAUUUUGGCGGAUCGCUUGGCCCGAAUCCUUCCAAGGAUUAUUUCCCCACAGCAGAGUGGUUUUGUUCGGGGGCGGCUUAUAUCGGAUAAUUUCUUGCUGGCUCAAGAGUUGCUCUCUAAUAUAGGGAGGACCUCCAGAAAUGCCGAUGUAGCUCUGAAAUUAGAUAUGUCAAAGGCUUAUGACCGUGUUUCCUGGUUUUUUUUGACAAUGGUUUUGAGGAGAUUUGGUUUUAGGGAGCAAUGGAUUGAUAGGAUUUGGAGAUUGGUCUCGAAUGUUUGGUUUUCGGUCCUAAUCAACGGGGCCAGUGUGGGUUUCUUUAAGUCUACGCGAGGGCUUCGUCAAGGGGACCGUUAUCCCCAGAUUAUUGGAAAAUAUGAAGCAGUUUCGGGGCAGGAGAUUAAUGUUCAAAAGAGUGGGUUCAUGGUGCAUGCUAAACUGCCUAGUCAGUGUGUGGCAAGGAUUCGACGGGUAACUGGAUUUGGUCUGAAGUCGUUUCCCGUGCGUUACUUGGGGUGUCCGCUUUUUGUGGGGCGCCGGAAGUGUCUAUACUUCAUGGAGCUGGUACAGUCAGUUAUUUCUAAAGUUUCUUCAUGGCGAUCCAGAUUUCUAUCCAAUGGGGGUCGGAUUGUACUCAUCAAACACGUGCUUUCAGCAAUCCCAACUCAUUUAUUGGCAGCUUCAUGUCCUCCAAAGGGAGUUCUAGCUUUAGUUGAACGGGCUAUGGCAAAUUUUCUCUGGGGGGAGCGGGAAGGUGGCCUCCGACAUCAUUGGAUUAAGUGGGCAGACCUGUGUGCCGACUCGUCACAGGGCGGGGUUGGUGUUCGAUCGCUUCUGGAUGUUCAUACAGCAUUCUCAUUCAAAUUGUGGUGGCGUUUCCGUACGGGAGAGUGUUUAUGGGCGACAUUUAUGAGAGCCAAGUAUUGUCGGCAGAGUCAUCCAUGCAUGGUAGCGGCGGGUCAGGGCAGUUCAUAUAUGUGGAGGCGUUUGCUUCAGAUUCGUGAGGUGGCGGAGCAAAAUCUUUGGUGGGAGAUGCGGUCGGGACAGUGUAAUUUCUGGUUCGACAAUUGGAUGGGUUCUGGUCCUCUGUGUCAACGGUUACAAAGUGUUUCUGAUCACUUAGUUAGGGAUUUCGUAUUGAAUGGAAGGUGGAAUCAACAGUUGCUACGGCUUUGGGUUCCUGAUGACAUAGUAUCAGAGAUAAUUACUAAAGUUGCCCCAGUGGGAUCCGCGGAUGAUCGUGCGGUGUGGGCCUUGACAGAGUCAGGAGAUUUCUCCAUUGCUUCCACAUACGUGCUGCUUGGUAGUCAGACCCCCUCAUCUUUCAUGUUUGAUAGGGUUUGGCACCCUGUAAUUCCAAUCAAGAUAUCAUUCUUCAUGGUAAGAUUGCUGCGGGAUCGUUUACCGUUGGCAUCGUCCCUAGGAAGGUUGCAAGUCUAUGGCCCUUCCAAGUGUUUUUGCUGCUUGGCCUCGCAAUCUGAGUCGUUGGAUCAUGUCUUUGCGGAAGGUGAGUUAGCUCUUUUUCUGUGGACCUUUUUUGGGAAUAGCGCUGGAGUGAGUUAUAGAGGUAUGGGGGUGCGGUCGCGUUUGGCGGCUUGGUGGUGCCAACCGGUUCGGUACUCUCGUCUGGAAUCAUUACAUUCGGUUUUGCCUUGCAUUAUUUGUUGGCAUAUUUGGUUGGCACGGAAUCUUGCAAUUUUUGAAGGGCAGCUCCUGCGUCGACAGACCAUUUGUGACCGUAUCUUGGCAGAUGUCGUAGGACUAUUUUCCAAGAAGUUUGCAGGUGAGUUUUUUGGGGUUGGCUCCUGGUCGACGGUCCUCUCCAUCUUCUCUGGGUGGAGGCCUCGGUAUUCCCAUAGAGUGGUUUGUUGGGAAUUUCCAGUCCAGGGAGCCUUCAAGUUAAAUACGGAUGGGUGCUCGCUUGGCAACCCGGGCGUUGGUGGCGGGGGUGGUGUGCUUAGGGACUCGUCUGGUGCUUUGUUGUUUGGCUUUUCUGUUCCGUUUGGGGAACUUACAUGUCUGCAAGCGGAGAUAAAGGCUUUGGUGUUUGGGGUGCAACAAUGCCGUCUUCGGGGUUUCUCGCGGAUUCGGGUGGAGGUGGAUUCUCUUGUGUUAGUCAACCUCCUGGUAAGACAAUUCAGGUGUCCGUGGUCAGUUCGGUCGGAUCUGGAAUCGUUACGGGCUGUCCAAGGGUUGGAGUGGACGGUGGGGCAUUGUUAUCGGGAAAUGAAUCAAGUGGCGGAUGCCUUAGCCAAGGUUGGGGCACAUUCUGAGGGUAUUAUUUUGUAUACGACACAGUCUGAGUUGCCAAGGGUGGCAAGGGGGGCCUUAGGUUUAGAUAGGUCGCAGAUUCCUGCGAUUCGUACUCGAGCUAUUUCUCACUGA